AUGACAAUAAGUCGUAUUGCAUCCUAUUUUAUUUCAACUCCAAUUUACUAUGUUAAUUCUAAACCUCAUAUAGGACAUCUUUACUCAAGUUUACUUGCUGAUACAAUUGCACGAUGGCAAAUAGUAAAACAUCGUCCAGCACCUAAAAUAAUAUUCUCAACAGGUACUGAUGAACAUGGAUUAAAAAUAGAACGUGCUGCUACAGCUACGCAACUUACACCAUUAGAAUUUUGUAAUCAAGUUUCAAAAACAUUUCGUACAAUGUUUGAUCAAUCUUCUAUUCAAUAUACGGAUUAUAUUCGAACAACAGAUAAAAAACAUUGUCAAGCUGUUCAACAUGUUUGGCAAGAAUUAUUAAAACGAAAUCUUAUUUAUAAAGGAAGUUAUCAAGGAUGGUAUUCUGUUCAAGAUGAAUGUUUUGUUAACGAAGAUGAAAUUAUAAAAGAUCAAACAGGUCAAGCAAAACUUAAAGAAACAGAUCGACCCGUUGAAUGGACAGAAGAAAAAAAUUACAUGUUUAAAUUAAGUCUAUUUCAUGAACGUAUCGAACAAUGGCUAACUGAUAAAAAACCAUUAUUUCCUAUUAAAUAUAACAAAUUAGCAUUGAUUCAAUUGAAUGAACUUAAAAAACAAGGUGAUAUAUCAAUAUCAAGAGAAGCUAAAAGACUUUCAUGGGGUAUUCAAGUGCCAAAUGAUUCAUCACAAAUUGUAUAUGUUUGGAUUGAUGCUCUUAUUAAUUAUUUAACUGUUGCUGGUUAUCCAAAUGAACUAGUUCAUUGGCCUCCUAAUUGUCAAAUAAUUGGAAAAGAAAUUAUUCGAUUUCAUGCAAUCUAUUGGCCGGCAUUACUUAUGGGACUUAAUCUUGAAUUACCACAUCAAUUAAUUGUUCAUGGACAUUGGUUGAAAGACGAUAGAAAAAUGUCAAAAAGUGUUGGUAAUGUGAUUGAUCCAUUUGAUUUACUAAGCAAAUUUCAAUGCGAUGGAGUUCGCUAUUGUUUAUUACGUGAAGAUAUACUCUCACAAGAUGCAAAUUUUAAUGAAUAUAAAAUGAAAAAAUAUUUAAAUGCAGAAUUAGCAAAUACACUUGGUAAUCUACUUAAUCGUGUUACAUCAUCAACAAUAAAUCCACAACAAAUCUAUCCAUCUCAUCCUUUACAUUCAUAUCCUUCUUCAACAAAAGAACUGAUCGAACAAUGUACUAAUCUUCCAUCACGUGUCGCACAUGCCUAUGAUUCAUAUGAAUUCUAUCAUGGAAUUAUUGCUAUUAUGGAUGUUCUUCGAACAUGUAAUGGUUAUGUACAAUCUGAACAACCAUGGUUAUUAGCUAAAUCAUCUAAAGAAUCUGAUCAACAACGUUUACAAAUAUUAAUUUAUUCAACACUUGAAUGUUUACGUAUUUGUGGUAUACUUCUUCAACCAAUUAUACCAUCGAUUGCUAAACAAUUACUUGAUAUACUUGCUAUUGAUCAAGCAAAACGUACAUUACAUGAUUGUAAUAUUUUAAUUGAACAUAAUGAAAAAAAAUUAAAUAUUAUUAAAAAUGAACGUAUUUCUUUGUAUCAACGUUUACCGAUUGUAGAAAGAGAUGUAUGA